CUCCCCUCACCCCGCCUCCUUUCCGUUCCCCACCCCCAAACCCUCUCACCCGCGGCAGUCCGGUGCGAGGCCCCUCCGGAAGGUGAGGGGAAUGGAUUGGACUCCGGUGGGGAAAGCGGGUGUCUAGAAGUGGUGCUAAUGGGAAGAGAAUUCUGGUUUCAAAAGAGGAUGCUCUGCCACAAAGAGCGGCUCGCGCGCUGGCCUGGGCUCUAGCCGAGGAGAGAUCCCGGGAGAACUCCAGAGCUCCGGGGGAGCGCUCCUCGGAAGACUGGGGCCAACAUGCCUGUGCGCAGGGGGCAUGUGGCACCACAAAAUACAUUUCUGGGGACCAUCAUUCGGAAAUUUGAAGGGCAAAAUAAAAAAUUUAUCAUUGCAAAUGCCAGAGUGCAGAACUGUGCCAUCAUUUAUUGCAACGAUGGGUUCUGUGAGAUGACUGGCUUCUCCAGGCCAGAUGUCAUGCAAAAGCCAUGCACCUGCGACUUUCUCCAUGGACCCGAGACCAAGAGGCAUGAUAUUGCCCAAAUUGCCCAGGCAUUGCUGGGAUCAGAAGAGAGGAAAGUGGAGGUCACCUACUAUCACAAAAAUGGGUCCACUUUUAUUUGUAACACUCACAUAAUUCCAGUGAAAAACCAAGAGGGCGUGGCUAUGAUGUUCAUCAUUAAUUUUGAAUAUGUGACGGAUGAAAAUGCUGCCACCCCAGAGAGGGUAAACCCAAUAUUACCAAUCAAAACUGUAAACCGGAAAUUUUUCGGGUUCAAGUUCCCUGGUCUGCGAGUUCUCACUUACAGAAAGCAGUCCUUACCACAAGAAGACCCCGAUGUGGUAGUCAUCGAUUCAUCUAAACACAGCGAUGAUUCGGUAGCCAUGAAGCACUUUAAGUCUCCUACAAAAGAAAGCUGCAGCCCUUCUGAAGCAGAUGACACAAAAGCUUUGAUACAGCCCAGCAAAUGUUCUCCCUUGGUGAAUAUAUCCGGACCUCUUGACCAUUCCUCUCCCAAAAGACAAUGGGACCGACUCUACCCUGAUAUGCUGCAGUCAAGUUCCCAGCUGUCCCAUUCCAGAUCAAGGGAAAGCUUAUGUAGUAUACGGAGAGCAUCUUCAGUUCAUGAUAUAGAAGGAUUCAGCGUCCAUCCCAAGAACAUAUUUAGAGACCGACAUGCCAGCGAAGACAAUGGUCGCAAUGUCAAAGGGCCUUUUAAUCAUAUCAAGUCAAGCCUCCUGGGAUCCACAUCAGAUUCAAACCUCAACAAAUACAGCACCAUUAACAAGAUUCCACAGCUCACUCUGAAUUUUUCAGAGGUCAAAACUGAGAAAAAGAAUUCAUCUCCUCCUUCUUCAGACAAAACCAUUAUUGCACCCAAGGUUAAAGAUCGAACGCACAAUGUGACAGAGAAAGUGACCCAGGUUCUCUCUUUAGGAGCAGAUGUCCUACCUGAAUACAAACUGCAGACGCCACGCAUCAACAAGUUUACAAUAUUGCACUACAGCCCUUUCAAGGCAGUCUGGGACUGGCUUAUCCUGCUGUUGGUCAUAUACACUGCUAUAUUUACUCCAUACUCUGCAGCCUUCCUCCUCAAUGACAGAGAAGAACAGAAAAGACGAGAAUGUGGCUAUUCUUGUAGCCCUUUGAAUGUGGUAGACUUGAUUGUGGAUAUUAUGUUUAUCAUAGAUAUUUUAAUAAACUUCAGAACAACAUAUGUAAAUCAGAAUGAAGAAGUGGUAAGUGAUCCCGCCAAAAUAGCAAUACACUACUUCAAAGGCUGGUUCCUGAUUGACAUGGUUGCAGCAAUUCCUUUUGACUUGCUGAUUUUUGGAUCGGGUUCUGAUGAGACAACAACAUUAAUUGGUCUUCUGAAGACUGCCCGGCUCCUCCGUCUUGUGCGCGUGGCCAGGAAACUGGAUCGAUAUUCAGAAUACGGCGCUGCUGUUCUAAUGCUCUUAAUGUGCAUCUUUGCCCUGAUUGCUCACUGGCUGGCUUGCAUUUGGUAUGCGAUUGGGAAUGUAGAAAGGCCUUAUCUGACUGACAAAAUCGGAUGGUUGGAUUCCUUAGGACAACAAAUUGGGAAACGUUACAAUGACAGUGACUCAAGUUCUGGACCAUCCAUUAAAGACAAAUACGUCACAGCACUUUAUUUUACCUUCAGCAGUUUAACCAGUGUAGGAUUCGGGAAUGUGUCUCCUAACACGAAUUCGGAGAAAAUCUUUUCAAUUUGUGUCAUGUUGAUUGGCUCACUAAUGUAUGCAAGCAUUUUUGGGAAUGUAUCUGCAAUUAUCCAAAGACUAUACUCGGGAACUGCCAGGUACCACAUGCAGAUGCUGCGAGUAAAAGAAUUCAUUCGCUUUCAUCAAAUCCCCAACCCUCUGAGGCAACGUCUUGAAGAAUAUUUCCAGCAUGCAUGGACUUACACCAAUGGCAUUGACAUGAACAUGGUCCUAAAGGGCUUCCCAGAAUGCUUACAAGCAGACAUUUGUCUACAUCUCAACCAGACCUUGCUGCAAAACUGCAAAGCCUUUCGGGGGGCAAGUAAAGGUUGCCUUAGAGCUUUGGCAAUGAAGUUCAAGACCACCCAUGCACCUCCAGGAGACACCCUCGUUCACUGUGGGGACGUCCUCACUGCACUUUAUUUCUUAUCCAGAGGCUCCAUUGAAAUUCUCAAAGAUGACAUUGUGGUGGCUAUUCUGGGAAAAAAUGAUAUAUUUGGAGAAAUGGUUCAUCUUUAUGCUAAACCUGGAAAGUCUAAUGCAGAUGUAAGAGCACUCACAUACUGUGACUUGCAUAAGAUUCAGCGAGAAGACUUGUUAGAGGUUUUGGAUAUGUAUCCUGAGUUUUCCGAUCACUUUCUAACAAACCUAGAGUUGACUUUCAACCUAAGGCAUGAGAGUGCAAAGGCUGAUCUCCUACGAUCACAAUCCAUGAAUGAUUCGGAAGGAGACAACUGUAAACUACGAAGAAGAAAAUUGUCAUUUGAAAGUGAAGGAGAGAAAGAAAACAGUACAAAUGAUCCUGAAGACUCUGCAGAUACCAUAAGACAUUAUCAGAGUUCCAGGAGACACUUUGAAGAGAAAAAAAGCAGAUCGUCAUCUUUCAUCUCCUCCAUUGAUGAUGAACAAAAGCCGCUCUUCUCAGGAAUAGUAGAUUCUUCACCAGGAAUAGGGAAAGCAUCUGGGCUCGAUUUUGAAGAAACAGUGCCCACCUCAGGAAGAAUGCACAUAGAUAAAAGAAGUCACUCUUGCAAAGACAUCACUGACAUGCGAAGCUGGGAACGAGAAAAUGCACAUCCCCAGCCUGAAGACUCCAGUCCAUCCGCACUUCAGCGAGCUGCCUGGGGUAUCUCUGAAACCGAAAGUGACCUCACCUACGGGGAAGUGGAACAAAGAUUAGAUCUGCUCCAGGAACAACUUAACAGGCUUGAAUCCCAAAUGACCACUGACAUCCAGACCAUCCUACAGUUGCUGCAGAAACAAACCACUGUGGUCCCCCCAGCCUACAGUAUGGUAACAGCAGGAGCAGAAUAUCAGAGACCCAUCAUCCGGCUGAUGAGAACCAGUCAACCGGCAGCAUCCAUCAAAACUGACCGAAGUUUCAGCCCUUCCUCACAAUGUCCUGAAUUUCUAGACCUUGAAAAAUCUAAACUUAAAUCCAAAGAAUCCCUUUCAAGUGGGGUGCAUCUGAACACAGCUUCAGAAGACAACUUGACUUCACUUUUAAAACAAGACAGUGAUCUGUCUUUAGAGCUUCACCUGCGGCAAAGAAAAACUUACCUUCAUCCAAUUAGGCAUCCUUCUUUGCCAGAUUCAUCCCUAAGCACUGUAGGAAUCUUGGGUCUUCAUAGGCAUGUUUCUGAUCCUGGUCUUCCAGGGAAAUAAUCAUUUUGUACUAUUUACUCCACAUACAAUGUAAGUGCUUUUAAUGGCUGUUUUCCUUUUUCUAUUUAAAUCCUCUCUACUUGACUCAGGGGCUAACAACGUACCAUUAUAUGCAAAAGUACUGUAUAUUUUCCUAAAUUGAAGCUUGUAAGGUAAAAUUGAGCAGUUAGGAUGUAAAUAUACGUAAGAACUUUUGGUUCCAAAUGUUAAAACUGCCAGCAUCUCACGGCACCUUAUUUUUUAUUUUUAUUUUUUAAAUCACAUGCAUGUUAGGAAACUCCAAUUUCUCUUGCAUGGAGACUCCUAUUAACUGCUUUUACUAAACCAGUACUUUGUUAUGAAAAUGCCUUCCAUGCAAAUAAGAAACCAAGGGAUAAAACUGUUCAUGGAUGCAACUCAGAUUCAGAUGAUCCUCAACUCAU